AUGGCAAAUCCUAAUAAUAUGAGUGCUGUUUACGCAACUGAUGAGUAUGGACGUCCCUUUAUCAUAGUAAGAGAACAACAGAAGAAGAGCCUUGACAAAAUCUUGAUUUCUCCGGAUGGCGAUAUCACUGUAACAAAUGAUGGUGCUACCAUUUUGACACAGAUGGAAGUAGAACAUCAAAUUGCGAAAUUAUUAGUUCAACUAUCUAAAUCCCAAGAUGACGAAAUUGGUGAUGGAACAACUGGUGUAGUUGUACUUGCCGGUGCCCUUCUUGAACAAUGUGAAACUUUAUUAGAUCGUGGAAUUCAUCCAAUUAGAAUAUCAGAUGGUUUUGAAAGAGCGUGUAAAUUGGCCGUCGAACAUCUAGAAAAAAUUUCUGAUGUGGUUGAAUUUACAAAAGAAAAUACUGAAAAUUUAUUUAAAACCGCUAUGACAAGUCUAGGAACUGUAGAAGCUGUUUUGUCAGUUGCUGACUUAGAGCGUAAAGAUGUUGAUUUUGAACUCAUUAAAGUUGAUGGUAAAGUUGGUGGCUCCCUUGCUGAUACUAUCCUUGUACAAGGUGUUGUUGUUGACAAGGAUAUGUCGCAUCCGCAGAUGCCGCGUGAGAUCCGAAAUGCAAAAAUUGCAAUAUUGACAUGUCCUUUUGAACCUCCAAAACCAAAGACUAAACAUAAAUUGGACAUUACUUCUGUUGAUGAAUACAAAAAGUUACAAACUUAUGAAAGGGAAAAAUUUGAAGAGAUGAUUAAACGUGUAAAAGAUACAGGCGCAAACUUGGUCAUAUGUCAAUGGGGUUUUGACGAUGAAGCAAACCACCUAUUAAUGCAGAAUCAUUUACCUGCUGUUCGAUGGGUUGGUGGUCCUGAGAUUGAGUUAAUUGCCAUCGCCACUAACGGCCGUAUAGUACCACGUUUUGAAGACAUGAGACCUGAAAAACUUGGCGUUGCUGGUCUUGUACGUGAGAUCUCUUUUGGAACAACAAAGGAUCGCAUGCUUGUUAUUGAAGAAUGCUCAAAUUCUCGUGCUGUCACUGUAUUCGUACGUGGUAGCAAUAAAAUGAUUGUUGAUGAGGCUAAACGUGCUACUCAUGAUGCUCUUUGUGUUGUGCGUAACUUGGUUCGUGAUAAUCGUGUUGUAUAUGGGGGUGGUGCUGCCGAAAUUAGUUGUUCACUUGCUGUUUCUAAAGCUGCAGAUCAGAUAUCAUCUAUAGAACAACAUGCUAUACGUGCAUUCGCCUAUGCUUUGGACGCGAUUCCUAUGGCAUUGGCUGAAAAUUCUGGACUUUCCCCAAUAGAAACUUUGGCUGAUAUUAAAUCGCGUCAAGUGACCGAGGACAAUAGUCGUCUUGGUAUCGAUUGCACGAUGACUGGAUCUAAUGAUAUGAAAGAACAAUUUGUUUACGAUCCUCUUAUUUCAAAAAGACAACAAUAUUUAUUGGCAACACAGCUUGUAAAGAUGAUUCUCAAGAUUGAUGAU